CUGGCAGGCUGUGGCUGGGGCCGCGAGCGGGGAGCGCGGCGUGGCGCUGCUCGCCAAUACCGGCGACGACGAGUCCAGAGCCCUCGGCCAGGAGCCUAGCUAACCGGGGGACCCGGGCCCAGGGCCGCGGCGGCUGCGGUUGAAGGACGAUGGCAGCGCCCGGCGGGGCCGGAGCACUGAUUGCAUCCCCAGACCGCCGGCGCAGUCUGUGGUCGGUGCUGGCGGCUGCGCUCGGGCUCUUGACAUACGGUGUGUCGGCCUUGGAGGUGUAUACACCAAAAGAAAUCUUCGUGGCAAAUGGGACACAAGGGAAGCUGACGUGCAAGUUCAAGUCUACUAACACAACCGGCACGUUGACCUCAGUCUCCUGGAGUUUCCAGCCAGAGGGGACCGACACCACAGUGUCGUUUUUCCACUACUCCCAAGGGCAAGUGUAUGCUGGGAAUUAUCCACCAUUUAAGGACAGAAUCAGCUGGGCUGGAGACCUUGACAAGAAAGAUGCAUCAAUCAACAUAGAAAAUAUGCAGUUUAUUCACAAUGGCACCUACAUCUGUGAUGUCAAAAACCCUCCUGACAUUGUUGUCCAGCCAGGACACAUUAGGCUCUAUGUUGUAGAGAAAGAGAUUUUGCCUGCAUUUCCAGUUUGGGUAGUGGUGGGUAUAGUUACUGCCGUGGUCCUAGGUCUCACUCUGCUUAUCACCAUGAUUCUGGCUGUCCUCUAUAGAAGGAGAAACUCUAAACGGGAUUAUGCUGGCUGCAAUACAUCAGAGAAUGUGUCACCAGUUAAGCAGGUUUCACGGAAGUCUCCCUCCGACACAGAGGGUCUAGUAAAGAGCCUGCCUUCUGGAUCUCACCAGGGCCCAGUCAUAUAUGCGCAGCUAGACCACUCUGGCGGACACCACAGCGACAGGAUUAACAAGUCAGAGUCUGUGGUGUAUGCAGACAUUCGGAAAAAUUGAGAAGACCGCGAUCAUAUCCUAAGCAAUAAACAAAUCCGAACUGGACUCUUGUGCAGAAAAUGUAGCCCAUAAGUAUAUGUGGCCUUGGAAACCAGAAUGUGGAGAAGCACAUGUUUAGUCAUAGAGGGAGAAAAAGAUGUGUAUAAAGGAUGUGUAUAAAUGUUCUAUUUAAUCUUCCUGGUGCAAGGAGCCAGUUGCAUGAUGAAGAGAUGGUAUGAUUCUAUGUGUAUAUAAAUUGCCUUGCUGUUUUUGUACUGCCCUUCAGGGUCAUUUACAGUUGAGAAAAUUCAGACACAUUCCUAUCACCAUCAUUUAGAUGUGGUUUGCCUUAUGGGGAAAGUAGCAGAUCUUUUAGUAUUCUGAUAGACAUGGCCUUUUAAUAUAAGGGCUUACCCUGCCUUUGUGUGUAUCUUAGUUGGAGAGUGGAGACGCUGUGAUGGAAGCGUGCUCAGGGUGGCCUUUAGCCCAGGGUAUAUCGCCUGUUGGGCAGUUGUUUUUAGAAAGCAUCCAUUUGCUACGCCACUUGAAGACCAUGUGAUUUUUGUUGCUAUUUUUCUCUCUAAAAUAUAGGGCAGUUUUCUGCUUUCAGUGUUAUGUAGACUAUAAAAUUACACCCUGUAGCAUAUCAUCUCGAUUUGUGGAUUCAUCAUAGCAAGAUUAGCAAAGGAUCAAUGCCAGAAGUCAUUUCUUUCCAGGUACUUUUGGAUCCGUACCAUAAUCGAUACAUAAUUGAAAUAGAGAACCCAGACUGGCUUGAGGAGUACUGUACUAUUUGGAGAGCAAAAGGUAUGGUAUAUUCUUUGCUGAAGUCCUUCGUGCUUGUAACAAGUCCCCAUAUAGCUGAAGGAGCAGAAUUUCAUUUCCUUCUAAGUAGGCAGAAAUGGAAUAAUUAGAUUGCCAGUCUCUAGUAUGGCAGAGCUCUCUCUAGAGAAUCUUUAUAAAGCUUCAGUCAUGCUUCCAGCAGCCUGGCUCCUAUAAUAAUAUCUUCAAGGACUUUGAGGUUAAAAACAGUUAGAUUUGUAAAGAAUUUUUUUCAUUUAAAAUUGAAAAUACUGAUGAUAUAGUCCCAGAACACAUUGGGGGGUAAAUGCACAGGUAAUGUUAGUUUUCAUCUCAUUUAGUUUGAGGUCCCGUAAGAGCUGCUUCCUUUUUUUCUUCCUGUCUUGUUCUCUUUGUGAGAGACUUUGAAGGCCAAGUUCUAAGGAAAUAAAGAGUAAUUUAGAUUUAAAGAUGUUUAGGAGGUGGUUACACAGAGAAAAAGUAUAUGAGCUACAAACAAACUCUGCCCCAUAUGUGCGGUCUUUUAUUUUCUGAGAGACUGCUGUGAAUCCCAUGGUACUCCAGCUCACAUUCUGUUGACAUAUAUGUCAGCAGGACUGGGUUUUGUCGUCACGCGUGCCUGCCGUCUCUGAGCCUGGUGUGUCUGGUCUGUGUUGCACGUGGGAGGAAGGCCUUUCGGCUGUGCUGCCUGUCCCUCCUUUGUGCCCACAGGCCCCAUGCGGAAGAGGGAUGAAGAACACUCGCCCUGAGCAGCUCUGCAAAGUGACCAGCUUUGCCUUGUACCCUGGGCCUUCUCUGCUUCCAUGGUGAAAACUCCAGAACCUUUAGGAGACCUUUUUGUGUAGGGGGGAGCAGGGGCAGUGAGGGGAGGGAUGCAUGUCAGCAUUCUUCAGGCUGCCAGGAUGAGGACACUCUUGGUGAGCCCUCCCACUGUGAGAAUUGUACAGCCAUCCAAGAUUUCAAGGAAGAAGAAAAUACGUUGUGGAGAGACCAAGUGUAUGCAUUGAUGUGUGUAUUUUCUUAGUCUUUUUUUUUUUUUUUUUUUAACAGAGAAAAGGGGAUUCUCCUUUUCCUCCUUUCUCAGCAUGUCCAAUGAAUCUACUAUGUAUAGAACAUUCCUAACACCUCCUGAGAGCAAGAGCCCUAUUUUUCUGCAUGUUUGUGAAGCUCCCACCCAGGGCACCAGCUAUCGCUUCUGCUAACACGGCUGUGAGCCUCCUUUCCCCACCUCCACUGGGCAAGGGCCCCGGCCUCCCACUCUGGGUCUGUGACUGACUAGUCUGCGGGGAGCUGCUCACACUGGGGUGGAGCACUUCAGGGUUGGGGCCUUUUCUGAAACUCCUCAUAACCACCUCCUAUGAAUCUUUUGGCCCUUUCUCCUGGGUCCCAACAUCCUCAUCUCUAGACAGCAGUGGGGCUGCUUCCAGAUGGCAGGACUGUCCUUUUCGUGUCUGAUUCUUGGCAGAAUGAGGCCUCUUACGACUGCACAUGGUUUUUUCUAAGGGGGUACCUACAAGGGAUUACUUGACAUUUAAAUUUCAAGCUCUCUGUAGUUUUUCAAUGGAACUGUAUUCAGCCAGGUAAAAAACCCAUCAUGUUCAUUAAUUUUUCUUUUGCAAUUGUUGUACUUUUGUGAAUACUUUAAUACACCUUUUUCAAUUA